AUGCCUGCAAACUACGUUACGUACACCGCUCCGAUCAACCCGCCAUCGGCGGAGCCCAAGCUCACUGAGCAACAAAUCUGGGCUCUCCUUCGGCGGAAAAUACGUCGAGCAGAGGAUUUUGUGAGUGGGGCUAUCUUGAAUACCGAGGUCGUAUCGGAGACCAAAGAUACGCAGGAGCGGCCCGUCACGACACGCGUGGUCACGUUCCGACAGGGAAACAGGCGCGUAGUAGAGGUUGUCACGACUUUCUAUCCAGCCAAGAUCGAAUUCCGGCAGCCCGAGGGAAACAACAUCAGCAACAUUGUCAGCCGAGGGUCUGAUGGCGAACUGUUCAUGACCUACACCUUUGAGUGGUAUCAUCCCGGUCUUGACGACGCAGCCUUAUCGGAGAAGAGGGUUGCCGAGGAAGACAUGGCAAAGCUGGCUGUGGAGAGUACGAUCAAGGCGAUGAGAGCGAUGGUUUCGGAUGGGUCAUGGGAGGAAUCCGUCUAA